CUGUCCUUGGCCGUCAGACAGCUCAUAGUGCGAGUGUGCUGCCUUCUCUGCAAAGCAACAACAGCUCUGUGACAAAGGUUCCUGUACCACCGCCCAGGCCGGCCCAAAUGUUGAGCCAGGAAUGGAAGAAAGUUAUGAAACAUUUGAGGAGGAGUUAGGGCCAUCAAGAGCAGAACCUCCCCCACAGAAGCCUGUUCGACAGAUCUGCAGACCAGAAAUGUAUACAGCACGGAAAAUCAGAGAGGAAGUGACUCCACUUCCACAGCAGCCACGAUCAGAACCUAAAACCUUACCCAGAGAGGGCAGUUUUGGCAAAACAACAUCCUUGCACAAAGCCUUGUCCAUCCAGAACCUGACUCAGAUAGAAAAACCGUGGGAAAACGUCACCCUCAACCGCUGUCUGUUUGUGGCCAUCAGUAUUCUGGUGCUCACAUCAGGCUUACAGAAACUUAAUGAAACUCUUCGUGGUCAUGGAACAAGUGAGGAGGAGGAAGAAGCUGGACUGACGAUGAGGCGGUCAGGACUGAGGCACAGAGGCCAGCCGCCAGAGCCAGAGAAAUCUUUGUGGGAGGUCUUGUUGUGGUGGCUACCUGACUUGGAUGAUGAAGAGGAAGAGGAUGAGGAUGAUGAAGAAAUCAAAAGAGGAAAAUCAAAGAGAGGAGUAACAUCACGAACAUCCAAAACAUCCACUGGUCUGAGAAAUAGGCCACUGCCAGACAAAAAACUCCUGAAGGAAAGACGUGGGACAUUAAGUGAAAGAAGAGCCAAGAGAGGCAAAGAGAGGGAGAUAAAAGACGACCCUGAAGAGGGAGCAGAUGAGGAUAACAAGGAGACGGUGCCUAAGAAAAAUAAGAAGUCGGAAGAAAAGAAGAAAAAAGCUAAAAAGGUUUGAAUGCUGUAGAUGUUGCAAAAUAUUUUCUCUCGUUAAAAAAAAAAAACUCAGAUCUCUCAACAAAGUGUGAAUCAAACUGCAGAACAGGAUCAGAACUGACAUGUUGCUGUCCAGGAAUUAUGUUUUUUUUUGUGUGAAAACAACUUCAGUUUCAUUAAAAAUAUUUCAAUUGGA